GUUCGUUUUUCGAUUUGACAGAUGACGUUUACGUUAAAUACCUAACCUUGAUUUCGAUUUAGGUUUUUAGAGGUUUAUUUAUCGUUUUUUUCUUUCGUGACUAUUUUGGAAGGAAAUAAAACGGGAAAAAUGGAAAUUCACGACGAUAUGAAAUUAUACACAUCAGCUGAAAAAUUUUACAUAGGAGCCAAAUCUGCAAAGGAACUUUUAAUUAUAGACCGAAUAUCAGAAGCGGUUUAUCUAGAAAAAAAAGAUAACCAACAAGCAAACCAUCCCCACAUCGAUUUUUGUGGCUUCUUAGGCAGUAUUACAUUAAUAGCAGGUAGAUACUUGGUAAUAGCGACACAUAGAGAUUUAGUUGGUUUCGUAGCCGGCCACGCAAUUUGGCGAUUACGAGGUUUCAAACUGGUGCCAUACUUUAAAAGUACAAUCCAUUUAAGUAAUUUACAACAAUCCGACAACGCAACUUAUUUAUCGAUGGUCGAACACGUUUUAAACACACCAUAUUUUUACUUUAGUUACACGUAUGAUUUAUCUCAUACGAUGCAAAGAUUAAACGGAGCUGGACCGAUGAUGGCGCAACAAUCAAUGUUAGCCAGAGCCGAUCAAAGAUUCGUUUGGAAUUGGCAUUUAUUAAAAGGAUUUCAAAACCCCGAUUUUAAAAAUUUUACGCUUCCAAUUAUUCACGGUUUUAUUUCGAUAAAUCAAGUGGUUAUUAAUGGGAAUACUUUUAAUUGGAUUAUGAUAUCGAGGAGGAGUACUCAACGAGCUGGAACUAGAUAUUUUAGACGUGGAACAGAUAGAAAUGGUUCAGUUGCAAAUUUCGUCGAAACCGAGCAAAUAGUUGAUUUUCAAGGUGAUCAAGGUAGUUUUGUACAAAUUCGGGGUUCAAUACCGUUAUUUUGGACUCAAUUACCGGAUUUAAGAUACAAACCACCUCCAAAAUUAGUUGAAAUUGAUCGUGAGGAUCAUAACCGUGCUUGUUUGCGUCAUUUAGAAACAACUAGUCAACUUUACGGUAGGCAAAUUUUAGUGAAUUUAGUUGAUCAGAAAGGUGCUGAAGGAAAAUUAGAACAAGCUUUCGGCGAAACAGUCAAUAACAUACGAUUAUCAUCGGUUCGUUAUGAACCUUUUGAUUUCCACGCUGAAUGUCGUCAUAUGAGAUGGGAUCGUUUAUCGAUUUUAAUUGAUCGAUUACAAUUUGAACAAGAAGAAAUGGGUUAUUUUUUGAUGAUGCGAGACGGUUCGUUAGUUUCGAUGCAAGACGGUGUUUUUAGAACGAAUUGUAUUGAUUGUUUGGAUCGAACAAAUGUAGUUCAAAGUCUUUUAGCUCAUAGAUCGUUAACGGCCAUGCUUAAAAAAUUAAAUAUUUUAAAACCAAACGAAAAUGUUGAGAAUCACGGUAGUUUUGAGAGUUUGUUUAAAAAUGUUUGGGCGGAUAAUGCGGAUUUUAUAAGUGUUCAAUAUUCCGGUACUGGAGCUUUAAAAACUGAUUAUACUCGUACCGGAAAAAGAACUAAAGCUGGACUUUUAAGAGAUGGCGUAAAUUCGCUUACGAGAUAUUACAAAAAUAAUUUUACGGAUGGGUAUCGACAAGAUGCGCUUGAUUUAUUCCAUGGUUUAGCUGAUUUGAGGUCACCAUUAACUGUAGAUAGAGGAUGGAGAUACAUAACGUUCCCUAGUGUACUUUUGGUAGCUGUAGCUAUGUUUGUUACUUGCGCGAUUAUUCCGCCGGAAUAUUCAACGGAAUCUUUGUUGUUUUUGUUAUUUUGGGGGUCGAUGGUUUUCGCAACGGGGCACACCAUUCUACGAUAUGGGCACGAAUUUGUUGAUAAACCUAGAUUGUUAUAACGUAUCAAUUUUUAUUUUUGAUAGUGUAGUGAUAAUAAGAUUCUUUUUGUGUCCUUUAGAACGUAAAGAAUAUGUGUGGAAUGGAAAAAGUGGAAUUUUUAUGUAUAUUUUUUGUGUACAUGCAUAAUUAAUUAUAUUAUAUUUUUUACCUAUGGUUUAUUAUAUGGUACAUGAAAACACGUAGGAUGUAAUAAUAAAUAAUGGUUAAAAAAACUU